CUCGGUGCUCCCCGGCCCACAGGCGCCCGCCUCGGCCCGCGCUGCCAACGGCCCGCAGCGUGCGCAGCCUGCCCCGCCCCGCACGGAGGGUGGGCGGGAAGGCACCGGCAGGCGGGGAACGCAGUAAGACAUUCACAGAAUCACGGAAGGGAAUUCUGGAGGUCAUUCAGCCCGUUGCUAUUGUCCUGACGGCACCACUAGAAAGAGCCCGGCCCCAUCUGUUUGACUCCCUCACUUUUAGGAACGACAGAAGCAAGAGGGGGGUCUGGAUGAAGUGCUCUGCUCUGCUGCAGUCUGUGGGCUGCAGGCAGGACAUUUACCUUUGUACAGAUCAUUGACAUGCUCCUAAGCCCUUUGUUGCAGCAAAAGGUAAGAUUUUUCCUCUCCGAGGAGAAAGUGAUGGAUGAAAUGAGUAAUAGUGACUUCAGCAAAACAACCAGUUUUCAGCAUGCAGUGUCCUCUUGCUGUGGAGCUAUAGUUACUUCAUUGUUUGUAACUCCACUCGAUGUUGUCAAAACUCGACUGCAAGCCCAAAGCAGUCCAUCCCCCAAAGGAAAGUGUUUGGUAUACUCCAAUGGCCAAGUACAUCAUACACAUGUUUGUGAGAAUGGAGAUGGCAAAGUGUUCUAUAAUAGAAACAGGCAUUUCAAAGGGAUGUUGGAUGCUUUUGUGAAAAUUAUUCAAAUAGAGGGAAUUAAAUCUCUCUGGAGUGGACUUUCCCCAACGCUAAUAAUGGCCCUUCCUACCUCAGUAAUCUAUUUUACCUGCUAUGAAAAACUGCGUGAAGCUCUGAGGUUUAGACUAGGAGAGGAUAAUGACCACAUUCCAAUCGUUGCAAGUUCCUUAAGCAGAUUUGUUUCAGUUACUGCAGUGAGUCCCGUGGAGCUGAUCAAAACUAGAAUGCAGUAUCACACACUGUCCUACAAGCAGCUGCAGCUGAGCAUCAGGAGUACAGUGGCCAGAGAUGGGUGGCUUUUCCUAUGGAGAGGCUGGAGCAGUACUGUUCUGCGAGAUGUACCUUUCUCAGCAGUGUACUGGUAUAAUUAUGAACGUUUCAAGAAGAUGAUGUGCAAGAAUGGUGGUGCACAUGAACCAACGUUUUUUAUUGCUUUUACUGCAGGAGCAGCAUCGGGCUCUAUUGCAGCUGUCGUAACUCUGCCAUUUGAUGUAGUGAAAACACAUCGGCAGACUGAAAUUUGGGAGAGUGAGACUUUGCAAAGUAAGUUGCAGAGGGACAGCGCAUCUACCUGGGCAGUUAUGAGGAAAAUUGUCGCUAAGAAAGGGAUUGCUGGAUUAUUUGCUGGUUUUACUCCACGGCUGUUUAAAGUUACUCCUUCUUGUGCCAUAAUGAUCAGCACAUAUGAAUAUGGGAAGGCUUUCUUCAGACAUUUAAAUGAAAAGACAAACCAGCAUUCCUGAGUCUCCUUCAUCCAAUUGCAUGAAGUCAAAAUGCACGGAGAAAUUUGUGCCAAAUUUCAGACUGCCCGUCAAAGCAUCUUUCUACCUUUACAUUUUGUAACUAAAUGUAACUUCAUUUUUUCACUGUUUCACAAAGGAUAAAUUGGGUUUUUUUUUUCCCCUUUAAGAAAAAUACACAGCCUUGCAAUUGUUGUCAAAAUGGUGAGUUCUCUUGCAGCUACAGAGAGGGGAAAAAAAAGAGUGACUUUGACUGUUCCUCAGUGAUUAUUAGAAAGGAAAAAAAUGAACCUGGCCAAUGUGGUGAAGAAUAACAACUGUCACUGCUCAGUUUCAGCAUGACUGAAUGUUCUGUUGGAUGUAUGAAGCAAUGUUUAGACAAUACUGCAGGUAUCCCAAGAAAGGGACAUCUCCAUGUGGAAGCUGAUAGAGAUUAAAUUCAAUAGGAAUUUGUUUAUGCUUCCUUAGUGUCUUUUCAAUCAUGUGAAUGUUUAUUUGCAGCUCCAUAGUUUGUGUAAACAGAUUCUUUUCAUUUCCAGGUUUAUUUAUAACAAGAAAUGUUUUAGGUCAAGCUGGAAAAAAUGCAUUGCGCCUAUCAGAGUCCCAGAGAACACUAUGAAUACAUUGCCAGGUGCUGCAGUGCCUUUUCAGUUGAAGAUAAUAUUCCUAGUGCAUGCUCUUACUGGGAAGCACACCCAGGCACUGGAACCAACUGCGCUGUGGUGUUGGAGGAGUGCUCCAGAACAUUUUAUAAGUAAACGUAGACCUUAUUUUGAGCUUCUAUAGUCAAAAGAGCCAAAAGACAAAGAGCCAUAACAGCAGAUUUUGGGCCACACAAUGGAAUAGAGCAACAACAUCUCUCUGUUGUUCAAGAAGAGAAUCUGCUGUAAAUUCACUACUACUGUAAUUUGCCAAAUGCUCUUAUUUUACCUUGUUUUAUUAAAAGAGAGACAAAAACCA